AUGAGGAAAUGGUUGGUAAAGAUGUGGUUAAUCGACGCUUAUUUGCAUUCUCCACCUACACUCUACGCUGGCAGAUGCGCAGCUGACUUUUGCGGUAGUUUGCUGAGGAACUGAAAAAGGAAGAUAAAGCAGUCUGCAAAGCAGUGAUCCAAAGAGAGAUAAGACAGAGACUUUCAACUGGAGGCAGCAAAAACACCACGCUGAUGGAUACAGUUCAAAAGGAUUGAAAACCUCACUCGCGCAAUGGAGAGCAACAAUACCCUAGUGUUCACAAAUGCAUCAUUAGGAAGCACUCCACAAAAUCUCCAAAUAAAUGAAGAAUGCAAAAUGGAUAACACAAGCUUAAAGGUGCCACUGGCUAUUUUUUAUGCGUUGUUCUUCCUUUUUGGAUUGAUUGGAAAUCUGUUGGCUCUCUGGGUGUUUGUGAGAGUGCAUUCAAAGAAGAACUCCAUUCGCAUUUUCCUCAUUAACUUGGCUCUGGCUGACUUACUCCUGGUGAUCUGCCUGCCUUUCCGGGUGGCGUAUCAUUCAAACAACAACAGCUGGGUGCUUCCACCAGUCUUUUGCAGGAUAGUGGGCAACGUCUUUUACGGCAACAUGUACAUCAGUAUAAUUUUACUAGGCCUUAUUAGUAUAGACCGCUACUUAAAAUUCCAAAGGGCUUCAUGCAGGCGGCUCUUCCUCCAGAGCAGGUGGAGUGUGAUUCUCUGCUGCGUCGUCUGGGUUCUGGCUUGUGCCCCAAUGGUGGCACUGAUCUCCAAGGCUCCGGAGAACAAUGAGUCCCAAAAGUGCUUUGAAUACAAAAAACUGAACAAAUCCAAAUGGAAAGCUUACUUUAACAUUUUCAUCGUGGUUAUGUUUUGGGUGGUCUUUGCCGGUUUGGUCAUCUCCUACGGAAAGAUUGGAAUGAAGCUUAUUACAGCUUCCCGAGAGAAACCGGAUUUUCCAAACGCAGCCAGGUACAACAAAACGGCACUGAAGUCCUUUUUUGUGCUUUUCCUGUUCACACUGUGUUUUGUGCCGUAUCAUUUUAUUAGGAUUUUUUAUAUCAUGUCACAGAUGGCACCUGACACUUCCUGUGACUGGAUGAACUUUAUGGAUAAAUCAAAUGAAAUCGCUUUGCUACUGUCUGCUCUCAACAGCUGUCUGGAUCCAGUUAUGUACUUUCUGCUGUGUGGUUCUAUAAGGAAAGUGAUGCUUAAAAUCAUCUGUAAUGGUUUUUGCAUGCAAAGCAUUGGAUUAUUAUUUAGCUCUACUGAAUCUACAAAUGAACAGCCGAAGAACAAUGCAGUUGAGCCUGUAAUAUCACCGGUGAUAGACUGUGAUUAUAGUAACAGCUCUGAAAACACAAAAAGUUUUUGUAACCUUACAGCAGAGUCGAUCAGAUCAUGUUAGAAAAUAUUGGUCUUGAAUUUCUGUUUCUUUCCUAUUUUUCAGAAACACUACACGUUAGUAAAAUGUAACCUAGCCUGUAAAAACACAGCUAUUUUUUGUCAUUUACUGUUUUCUACGGUACAUAAAUUCAUCCUACAUAAUGUAAAGUACGAGGUUAAAGUUUUUUUUAUUGUAUAUGUAUUAUUUCUGUAGAAAAUAA